CAUGACGCAAGGGGGAAUGGGAUCGUUCAGCUAAGUGUGAAUAAAAGUGGCCGUUAAAAUGCAAUCCGCAGUCCAAAGUGCAUGCUUUCGGCAGUUACCGGGCUGCGCCCAAACCUGCACCCGAUGGUACGCCACCAGCAACAGACGCAGUGUGCUACGCCAGGACGUGUCCCGUCUGCCGGUGCAUCGUUUCCCGGUAGCGAAACCGAACGACACCCGCGUGUAUGUGUGGGGUUUGGCCGCAACGGGAGCGCUCGGUAUGCAAACGUCCCUGAAGAAGCAGGCACAAAUUUUCACCGACUUUGUGCAGCAUCCAAGCAGGCUAAGCUUUGCCGAAGGACGGCACACUGUGGCGGAUGUGGCUGCCGGGUACGGAUUCACCGUGUACGUGGUCGAAAAGUCGGACGGGCCGGAAGUGUGGGGCACGGGCAUCAACACGGACGGGCAGUUGGGCGUACAGAAAGCACCGGGACCACACAAGAAACCGCUGGAACUGACCAUCUACCCGGCCCCGAUUGAUCUUAGCUCAGCGAAAACGGAACAACGCAAUCGGGUGGUCCAAGUAAGCGCUGGACGAGCUCACGUGCUGGCACUUACCGACGAUGGAUCCGUGCUAGCGUGGGGCAACAACGCAUACGGGCAGUGUGGACGGAAGAUCGUCGCAGAUGAGGAUUAUUUUCGCAACCCAGUGGUGAACACCAUCCAGCUGGAGGAACCGGUUCAAGCCAUCGAAUGUGGACAGGAUCACAGCUUGAUGUUGACGAAAGCGGGGCGUGUUUAUUCCUGUGGCUGGAGCGAUGAUGGCCAGGCGGGACAGGGUCGGUACGGGUUGAUUGAUACGCCCGGUCCCGCGGAGGGCGAUAUGAAGGGUGAACGGAUUUUAAAGGUUUCCAGCAGCUGUGAUACGAUAUUGGCCAUUAAUGACAAAGGAGAUCUAUUUGGCUGGGGUAAUUCGGAGUACGGUCAGCUGGGAGACGUUGCUCAAGACAAUCCACAGAUUAACAUCCCACGGUACCUGCCCUUCGCGAAAGAGUGUGGCAAAAUCGUAGACAUAGCAGCUGCCGGUUCAUACUGUCUUGCUUUAAAUGAACACGGCGACGUAUUUUCCUGGGGCUACGGUAUCCUUGGCUUCGGUCCGGAAGUGCAGCACCGGCCAACGCCUACCCGCAUUCCGCCAGCACUGUUCGGGAGGAAUGAAUUCUCCCCUAACGCAAAGGUGAUCUCGAUCGCGUGUGGCAUUACCCACUCGGCGGCCAUCAAUGAUCAGCACGAUCUGUACAUGUGGGGCCACAACCGGUACGCCUGUCUGGGGUUGGGGCACAAAAACGAUCAAUUCUUCCCCCUAAAAGUGGCACUUAAUGCACGCGUACAGAAGGUGACGUGCGGGGUCGAUCAUACAAUUACGCUUUGCAAGGCGUUUGUGUAGGGUCGGAAAUGUAUUGACUAAGAGCUUUUCUGUAAAUAUGUGUAAUAGGCUUUAGAAAUUCAAUAGAGUAACGUUCAUUUAAACGACUUUAA